CGGAUAUAAACGCCUGUGUAGAACUUAACUCUGUUUCUGUCUGUGGUUCUGUCCAUCAGAACCAUCAGAAGCUCUGCCUGUUUGGAUGAAACAGACUGAACCCUCCUGUUUAUUCUCCUGUUCUGAACUUCCUGCUGUUAGCAUUAGCUUAGCUCCAGUGAACAGUCUGAUGGAAAGUCCACAUGCAGAGAGCACAGACUAACUGCAGCUGCUGAACACAUAUUUGGGCUGUUUGAAAGAACCACAGCAGAGGACGAGGAGGAACUUUGUCGAACUAAAGAAGAAAACCAGCAACAACGACCAGUACUGGAUUCACACUGCAGACGUCCAGAAAAUGUCAGUGGUUAAACAAGAGAUUUGUCAGGAGAGGAGCCUCAGUCUGGAACAGAUGAAACCCAUUAAAGAGGAACAGGAGGAACUGUGGACCAGUCACCAGAUCACCAGUUUCCCAUCCAGUCCUGUCCCCGUGAAGAGUGAAGAUGUUGAUGAGGAAGCUCAGUCCAUACAGCUUCAUCAGAGACAAACUGAGGAGAACAGAGAGGAGACAGACGGAGGUGACUGCGGAGGAUCAGAACCACAUUUACAAACUUCUGAUGAGAUGACUGAAGACUCUGAGGACAGUGAUGAAGACUGGACACUAAACAGGGAACUUAAGUCAGAAUUAAAACAAAAGACAAAGCCUCCAGCCAGUGGUUCAACUGAACAGAUGGAAACAGAAGCUGAUGGAGAGGGCAGUAGAGGAUUAGAACCAGACACUGAGGCUGACCAGGGUUCGAGCUGUAGUGGAUCUGAGCCUGAAGUCAGUGACGAAGACCAUCAGUCAGACUUCAAGUCAUUCAAGGAAAAUGUCACCAAUCACGGAUGCAAGAGGAAACUGUUGACAUGUAAUGACUGUGGGAGGAUGUUUAGACGUAAGCGGUCUCUGCUGAGCCACAUGACGUGUCACACAGGUGAGAAACCCUUCACCUGUUCAUUGUGCGGCCGAGGAUUCUCUCGCAAUGACUCUCUGAAGCUGCAUCAGAAACAGCACAAAACUGAAAAUGAAAGGAAAGACUUCAGGUGCUUGGUUUGCGGUCGAGUGUUUCAACAGCCUGGUUAUCUGGCACUGCACAUGGUCAUCCACACCGACAAACGAUUUAGCUGCAGCGUCUGUGACAGGAGGUUUAUCAUGCAGUCGCAGCUGAAAACACACAAGUGUGAAGGCGAAUUCAAACGGCGGAAAGAAAUUGCAGGACAUUCAGAGAGUGGUUCAGCUGCACAGAUGGACUGUUUAGGAUCAGAAGCAGCCAACAGACAUUUACAACCACAUACUGAUGAUAAGGCCACGAACACAUCUUCAGUUAAGACAGAAGAAUAUAAUGACAACAGUGCGAGUGAUGUGACACCUGAUGAAAAGUCCUUCUUAUGUUCUGUUUGUGGUAAAACCUUCCUUCACUACGCCAGUCUGUACAGACACAUGAGAUCUCACAGCGGAGAAAAACCGUUCAGCUGCUCAGUUUGUAAUAAAAGUUUUCCCUGGAAGCAAGACUUAACUCGUCACAUGAAGUAUCACUCAGAAGAGAAACCUUUCAGCUGUUCGGUGUGUCAGAAACGUUUCAUCAUCCACAACGACAUGAUGACUCACAUGAGGAGCCACACAGGAGAGAAACCUUUUAAAUGUUUAGUGUGCGGUAAAAUGUUCACCCGUAAAUUCCAGAUGCAGGAGCAUGCCAGAGUCCACACGGGGGACAAAACCUUUAAGUGUGAGUUCUGUGAGAAGUUGUUCUUACGGAGGAGUCUGCUGGUUGUUCACCGGAGGAUCCACACAGGAGAAAAACCAUUCAAGUGUUCCUUUUGCGGGAAACAGUUCAGUCAGUGUGCGUCUUUAAAUACACACACAAAGAUCCACACGGGUGAAAAACCCCACAGCUGCUCAGUGUGCGGACAGAGUUUCAUCCAGAGGUCGAACCUGGUCACACACAUGACGAGACAUGAGAAGGGCAGCAAAAAGUUCACCAAGAAGACACAACAUCGAAAAGAAGAAGAGGAGGAGGAGGAGGUGUGAGAGGUGAUGAAGCUGAAUGUGUCUGCAGCGUUUCUGCUGCUGCUGAUCUGCUGCAGCGACUCUAGACUUCCUGAAGCCACACUUGAACCACAGGUUGAAGUUGCGGCCACAUCUUCUUCUCAUAUCAUCACAUUUAGUCGACUUCCUGGACUGUGUCGACGACUGAAGAGACGCAGAGUCACUAUUCUG